AUGCCAGCCAACAACCCUUCAGUCAAUCCAAUCAUCCCCGGCUUCGCCCCUGACCCUUCCUGCAUACGCGUCGGCGACACCUACUACCUCGUCAACAGUGCAUUCCAGUACUUCCCUAACCUUCCCAUCUACACCUCCACGGACCUUGUCAACUGGACGCACACCACCAAUGCCAUCAACCGUCGCUCCCAGCUAUCAUUCGCCGAUUCCUUCACACGCAUCGCUCCACCCGAUCAAUGGGGCGAGUCCAUGCUGGCCAGCGGCGGGCUCUAUGCGCCGACGAUCAGACACCAUGACGGUCUCUUCUACGUGGUUUGUACGAACGUGAUACAGCGAUUUGGCGAAGAUUGGGGCUCGGAUGUGAGGCAAAACUUCAUUGUGACGAGCAGAGAUCCGUUCGGGGAUGAGUGGAGGAAGAGCUACAUCGUUGGCUCGGCGGUGCCUGGACCGAUGACCACCAUCAAGCUGUUUGAGAUCGACCUCGCGACAGGAAAGAAGCUAUCAGACGAGAAGCUGAUCUGGCGAGGGACAGGAGGCGUGUAUCCUGAGGGCCCGCACAUAUGGCUGAAGGAUGGGUGGUACUAUCUGGUGAUCUCCGAGGGAGGGUGUUUCCCAGACCAUAUGAUCACAGCAGCGCGCUCGCGAGAACUUUGGGGCCCGUACGAGGCGUAUGAGAACAACCCACUUGUGACUGCGAAGGACACGGAUGAGUACAUUCAGCACAUCGGGCACAGUGACAUGUUCACUGAUCCGGAAGGCAACUGGUGGGCAGUCUGCCUAGGCGUGAGGAAGGACAAGAAGAGCCGAUAUCUGAUGGGCAGGGAGACGUUCUUGACACCGAUGAGCUGGCCGAAGAAUAGCUGGCCUCAGGUCUCCCAGCCGAAGAUGACGCUGGCGCGGGACUUGCCUACUAAGCGAACCACUAUCACCGCGCAAAACCCAGAGGUCGAAUACAUCUACCUUCGCGACGCAGACCUUUCCGCGCACCGCAUCGAGGCCAAUACUAUAACGCUGCGCCCUACUUCCGCAGAUGUCACAGACGGUCGCCGCGAUGCGAAGCCAACCUUCAUCGCCAAACGCAUCCGCACCCUUGACCGCGGCGUUGCGAGCGUCACACUACGUCGGCCUUCAUCAUCUCCUGCCAGAAGCAACAGAAGCACGACAUUCAACGCAGGAAUAGCCUUCUACAAAGAUGAACACCGCUUUGCUAGGCUAUACCUCUCACAGACGUCCACACCCUCUGCGGCAGAAAUCGUCUUCGAGCUCCGGAACGCAGGAAAGUCGAUCUCUCGGGACGCGAGGAUCAGCGUCCCAUCCGGAGAAGACGAGGACGCAAAGAAUGUGCAACUCAGAAUCACUUACUCUGAGGAGACCAUUGAAUUGCAUUACAAUAUCGGUAAAGGCUGGAAGGGCUUGGGCGGAACAGUGGACAGUUUGGAGCUAACCGGACUGGAUUUCACAGGACCUGUUGUUGGACUGUUCGCCUGCACGGUCGGUGAUCGAGAGGAUGAGUUGGCGGGGAGUGCUGGACAACGCGCGAUAGUCGUGUUUGAAGACUUUAGUGUGCAAUAA